AUGCCUCCGAAGCAACAGGUUGUGGGUGCAAAAAAGAGCAGUGAAUCGAUCGCUGUUCGCACAAUGCGUGAGCUGUUACGAGACUAUGAGAUCCGUGCGGAAAAAUAUGAAACUUCGGUAGCUGGCUCGAUUCGCAGACAAAUGAAAAAAGCGCUGGAUGAGGACCGAGUGGUUACACGAGCAACAUUGUCUGGUGAUUUGGAAGAAGGAUUCCGGCGGAAAAAAAUUAAAAUUAAACAACUGAAGGAAGAGAAACCGUUGGUUAAAGUAUUGCCGCUAAUUGAAUCGUUGCGAGCACGCCGGUAUACACAAUUGCAAGAAUUUUACGUUUGGGAUUGUCACGUGGAAAAUGAUGACUCAAUGGCCCUGGCUGGCAUGAUUUCCAGAGGAUGUUAUCCUUUAACAAGAGUCGAAUUGAUUGAUUGUUUUAUGGAUGCAAAAAGUGUGGGACAUUUGGCCGCAGCGACUGCCUACUCGCGCACAUUGCGUGAUUUGGUUCUGGAUUUUAACGAUCUGGGCGAGCGUGGUUGUCGUGUGCUAUGUGCCGCACUGACCAAAAGUCGUUAUUUGGUUCAUCUGAGUUUGAGUUUUUGCGGUUUGACAAAACAGUGUGGUUUGUGGUUGGGUAAUCUGGUGGUGGAAACAGCAAUUCGCGAAUUGAUCUUGGAUGGGAAUCCACUGGAAGCGGAGGGAGUGAUUGCUCUGUUAAGUCAACUGUCUGAGGCCGCAGAAAGCGAGGGAUUCGAACGUGCCGAGGAAAUUAAGAGAAAACAAAUGGCUCAAGAGGAAGCCAAACGCUCUGCCAGACCGGUUAUCAACUUAGAAGCUCCUGACCAAGAAGAAUCUCAAGCACCCGGAGACACGACCGCGACAGAAGGGAAUACCGCGUCCCAGCCGCAAGGUAAGACCACGGAUGAUGAGGGGGAGAAGAAAUCGCACAAUUCGGGUCCGAAGAAGAAAGCCAAAAAACGUGGGAAACGAGGCAAAAAGGGUCAAAAAAAUGAGCCACCUCCUUCGGGUCCACAAAUCAGUAUUCUUCGCUUGGCCGACACGGGCAUUAAUCAUAUGGGACGUGGUGGAAAUUUCGCACCAUAUGGAGGGAUAUCACCAAUUAUCAACCGUCACUCAAAAUCUGUUUUCUGCCCGCCUCAUUACAGCAUUAUUUCUCACAGUAAAGAUUUACAGGAAAUUGAUCUGUUCGCCAAUGAAGUUGGAGAUUUGGGAGCCAGACAAAUUUUGGAAGGAAUUUUGGCCCGAAAAGAUGCCAAACUACCACAAAUCGGAGUGCGGAUGGGUCAUCGGAUCAAUCAGGACACGUUUGAUAUGAUUCAUAAAUUAGCCCCCGGACCGAAGAAAAAGAAGGGCAAAGGAAAGAAAUAA